CUUCUCUAUAAAUUGAUGAGCUUGUGAUUCAAAAAAGAGUAAUUAAAGAGUCUCAAAAGCAUCCCAAAGACAUAGCUGAGCAUGAAGAGAGUAGUUGAGUAUGCACAUGUAGUGGAAAGCCACAAGCCUUACAUAGCAGUGCUCUUUAUACAGUUUCUAUAUGCAGGCAUGGCUUUGUUCUCCAAGGCAGCAAUUUCUAGAGGAAUGAACCCUUUUGUUUUUGUUGUUUACAGGCAGGCUUUUGCCUCAAUCACAUUGGCUCCAUUUGCUAUCUUUCUUGACAGCAAGAAGGCACCUCCCCUGUCAAGUGGUUUACUUUUCAAGAUAUUUUCGGUUUCCUUUUGUGGAUUAACUCUGAGUAUGAACCUCUACUAUAUUGCAAUCAACUUUACAACUGCAACUUUUGCUGCUGCAACCACUAACAUAAUACCUGCCAUAACCUUUAUAAUGGCUGCGCUUUUAAGGAUGGAAACUAUUUCCAUAAAGCAUGUGCAUGGAAUUGCAAAGCUGAUGGGUUCUGCUAUUGCUGUUUCUGGUGCUCUAGUGUUUGCUUUUGUCAAGGGACCUCCUCUGAAGUUCAUCAACUGGAAUCAAGCUACUCAUGAUGAUCAUAUUCAAGACUCAUCAAUGAAGGGUUGUUGCUCUAGAGAAGAAUGGAUCAAAGGUUCUCUUCUGAUGAUCACAGCCAACAUACUUUGGUCUAUGUGGUUUGUCUUGCAGGGUCCCAUUUUGAAGCAAUAUCCAGCAAAACUGAGGCUUACUGCUCUGCAAUGCUUCUUUUGCUGCAUACAGUCAGCUUUUUGGGCAGUAGCUGUGGAGAGGAAUCCAUCAGCUUGGAAGCUUGGAUGGGAUGUUCAUCUUCUGGCUGUGGCCUAUUGUGGUAUAACUGUGACUGGAAUAUCGUACUGGUUGCAAGUAUGGACAAUAGAGAAGAAAGGACCAGUUUUUGCAUCAAUGUUCACUCCAUUAGCACUUCUUAUUACAGCCAUUUUCUCUAUAUUCUUGUGGAAAGAAACUCUCCAUUUGGGAAGUGUUGGUGGGGCAAUUUUGCUGGUGAGUGGACUUUAUGGAGUAUUAUGGGGCAAGAAGAAAGAAGAAGGAAAAAGUGUUAGAAAUGAAAACAAUGCAGACACUGAAAUCACAUUGGAGUCCAUUACCCAUCACUAGGUGAUUGUGAUGGAAUUGUGGCAGAUCAUCAUCACUUCAAUUCCCUCUCUUAUGUAACCAUGUGCAUGCCCUUUUCUAUAUAUUUAUAUUUUCUUUUUUUGUUUUUUUCUUCAUGUGUAGAUAUUGAUUUUCA